AGCGCAAUGUUUUAUUCCUCCAGUGAGACCGCAGUCUAUCACGCGUCCACGGCAACGGAACCAGAACCGAUCCCUGCGGAAGAGACCAUUUGUAUUCUCAACCGGAGCCAGCUGGCCGCAAGACAAGCGGUCUCUAAAGACCUUCCGGAGUUCGCAGGUAACCCUGAGGAUUGGCCUCUGUUCUUUUCCAUGUAUACCUCAUCAACGCAGAUGUGCGGCUUCUCUAAUGAAGAAAACAUGCUGCGUUUACGCAAGUGCCUGAAAGGAAAGGCACUAGAUGCCGUAAAGAGCCGCCUGCUACAUCCUUCCAAUGUGUCUGGAGUUCUCUCAACGCUGAAGAUGCUCUACGGCAGGCCAGAAGCGAUCGUGCAAGCAGCUAUUAGGAAAAUUCGUUCACUCCCAUCCCCAGAAGUAGAUCGACUAGAGAGUCUGAUCAAUUUUGCACUCACUGUCGAAAACCUUGUGGCAACAAUAGAAGUAUGCGGCGUACGAGACUUCGUAUAUAAUGCUUCGCUGAAGUUCGAACUGGUUGAAAGGUUACCACCGGCGCUAAGAUUGGACUGGGCCAAGUAUACCCGAGGGAAUCCGGCUCCAAAUCUCCUAGACUUCAGUUCCUGGCUAUACUCCAUGGCGGAAGACGCGAGCGCGGUAAUGCAGACAUGCUCCACUGCUCCACGGAGCCGCAGUAACAAGAAAGACGCGUUUAUCAACGUCCACUCCGAGUCUACCAAAGAUACGCGAGACCGAACACGAGAACCAUUCAAGGAAUGCUUCGUAUGCAAAGGUUCUUGUCCGGCAAUCACAAAGUGCAAACGGUUCGGCGAACUGAGCUACGAGUCGAAGUGGUCGGUAAUACGGGAAGCGAAGCUGUGCCGUAAAUGCCUGCGUAAACAUAACGGCACAUGUCGGCAACAAAACAAAUGCGGAAUCAACGGGUGCACUUAUUUGCACCACCCUUUGCUGCAUAGCGAGAAAUCAAGAAGCGACCCCGGAGCAGUAGCGGCAACGAAUUCCAGCUGCAAUAUCCAUCAAACUCAGACAAGCGAUGUCUUGUUCCGAAUUGCUCCAGUAGUCCUCCACGGUCCUGCAAAGACGGUUCGAACGUACGCUUUUAUCGACGACGGAUCCGAACUCUCACUCAUGGAGCACUCUCUUGCGCAGGAGCUUGGACUGCAAGGAUCUAAGACGGCCCUCUGCUUGAAAUGGACAGGAGAUACCAGCAGAAUGGAGAACGAUUCUCAAAAGGUGGAUGUAGCUAUUUCCCCUUCAACAAAUACAUCCCAGAGGCAUAAACUCGCGGAUGUUCGGACUAUAAAGGAGCUUAAACUUAGGCCACAGACCCUGAUUGCUUCCGAGAUGCAAAGUCGAUAUGGGCAUCUCGCUGGGAUACCCUUCGAUUCCUACAUUAAUGUGAGCCCACGCAUACUGAUCGGACUAGACAACGCACAGCUGGGACAUGCGUUCAAAAGUCGAGAAGGCAAGCCAUCUGAACCGAUCGCCGUCAAAACACGUCUAGGGUGGAUCGUGUACGGGAGUUGUUCAUCAAUCCAACAUUCUGAAAGUCACAUCAACUACCAUGCCGUACAAGUGUGUGAGUGCAAUGAGGCUUCUGAUGAAAGUCUCCACACAGCAAUGAAAAACUAUUUCGCGCUUGACAGCAUGGGAAUCUCCAAACCUGAAAAGGAAUUACUCUCCGUAGACGACCAGCGUGCGAUGGAGAUCUUAGAAGCAGUAACACACCGCAAAGACGGCCAUUAUGAAUCCGGUCUUCUCUGGAAGUACGACGCUGUGCGACUUCCCGACAGUAAGGCGAUGGCCUUGAGAAGAUGGGAGUGCCUGGAGCGUCGGAUGAAAAAAGACGAGGAACUAGCGGGGGCUUUACGCACAAAAAUGUUUGAUUAUGUCCAGAAGGGGUAUGUCCGUAAAUUGACCAGUGAGGAGCUGAAGAUCCGACAUCCGCGCGAGUGGUACUUGCCAGUGUUUCCAGUUUAUAAUCCCAACAAGCCAGGAAAGCUGCGUUUGGUUUGGGAUGCAGCAGCAACAGCUCAUGGGAUCUCUUUAAAUUCGGUUCUAUUGAAGGGACCGGACCAGCUAACGUCCCUGUUGACUGUGUUGAUUCAGUUCCGGGAGUAUCGAGUUGCGGUAUGCGGAGACAUCCGGGACAUGUUUCACCAGGUUUUGAUGAGGGAGGAAGAUCAACAUUGUCUGAGGUUCUACUGGGAAGGAGAUAUUCAAGGUAGCGCGCCGAAUGUGUAUGCUAUGACAGUGAUGACGUUUGGCGCAUGCUGCUCGCCCACGACAGCUCAAUACGUCAAAAACAUCAAUGCGAAGCGAUUCGAAGCCGAUUUCCCGCAAGCUGUCGAAGCUAUUGUGAAAAAGCAUUACGUCGACGACAUGCUUGCCAGCGUCGAAACUGAGGAGGAAGCGGUGAAGUUAGCACAGGAUGUAAAACGCAUUCACGCCGCAGGAGGUUUUGAAAUGCGGAAUUGGUUAUCCAAUUCGUCGAUUGUCCGUGAAUCCCUACAGGAAGACACUUCUACAGAGAAGUACCUCGGGGCUGAAGAAGAAAACUUCACCGAAAAAGUAUUAGGUCUUUGGUGGAACACAACUACCGACUGUUUCACGUUUAAGGUAUCUCAACGAUACGACCGGGAUCUGCUCUCUGGAUGCCGCCGACCUACCAAACGCGAGGUGCUUCGAACGCUAAUGAUGAUGUUUGACCCACUAGGCUUCAUUUCGCAUUUUCUAAUGUACCUGAAAGUACUGAUGCAGGAGAUAUGGAGGUCGUCGAUUGACUGGGAUACCCCUAUUGAAGAACCACAGUUCCAGAAGUGGCUGGUUUGGCUCAAAGUUCUACCAGAAGUAGCAAAUGUCCAGCUUCCACGGUGUUAUAGACUUUCAGUGUCAAUGGAUAGCAGCUGCAACAUUCAGAUGCACACGUUCGUUGACGCGAGUGAGAGCGGGUUCGCUGCGGUUGUGUACCUAAGGUUCGAACAAGGAGACGCUACAGAGACUGCAUUCGUCAGUGCAAAAACCAGAGUUGCUCCACUGAAAUUUCUCUCCAUUCCCCGCUCAGAACUGUGUAACCGUUGGUCCCAAUUUAUAGCUUGCCGGCUCUGCCGUAAGUUUCCCAUGUCUUUCCAUGACCUGCCAGUAAGCCCCUUUUACCCAUUCCUUUACCUACAAAACAAAUAGAGAGCCUUACUGGUGGCGUAAACCCCGCUGUCUAUACUCAAAAAUAAAAGAUUCGACAACGUCAUCUACAAUUAAUUAGUACACGUCUCAAUCGCUCUCCCUGGUACGGUCCGAACUGUGGUUUGAGCAAAAACAUAAGGCGUUACGACUUGUGUUGACCUAAUAAUGACCCUGCGCAUAGUGGGUGACAGACACGACGAAGUGUCACUGUCAAACUUCGGCCCUUCGUCGGACUUCUUAUUGGAUAGGCCGGGGUAGAUACUACCGAAUCAAGGGGAUUCAUCCUCUUUGCCGUCCGAGUCUCGGAGAAACCAGUAGUGCGCGCUAGAGUGUCCCAACUAAAGUUUUUUAUAGAAACCGCGUGGUGUAUAUUUGAGUAGUUAGUGCUUUUUGUGGUUAAAUCUAAAAGUUUGAAGAGUUAGUGUUAGAAAAGUAUUAGUACGAUUUUGACAGAUUCGAGUUCAAGUGAAAACCUAAAACUACACCGCUGUAUAAGGAGAAGCAAGAAGAAAAGGUAAAUCAAUUUGUAUGAAAUCUAAUGCUAAACUGAACAUUUGUAAAAAAAGGUGUUAUGUAUAUAUGAGAGACGGAAUGGUACUAAUCACAUGGAUUAGGUCCAGAUUCGGGCCUUUUCUUUUCACCCACACUCCUGUGGCUAAGCCCGGAGGAUUUCUUUUCACCACCAGUGAACGCCAGGACACUUGGUCAGCGGCCGAGAGAACAAACGCCGGUAACGCCGG